AUCCAACGGCCAAGAUUCACGCUACAGCAAGCGUAGUUAGUAGAGAACGACGUCGUUAACCUGUGCGGGUUAUCUCAAUCCACCACCAUCGACACGGUGAAGCUCUGUUGUUCUACGGCGGUGACAUUUGGGAAGAAGAGAAGUAAGGAUGAUUCGAACUCGAUUGCUAUGGUUCAGCUUAGGAUUCACCACUUCAGCUGCGGUUGUUUCCCAUUUCGUUUGGAAGGAUCUCUGGGUUGAUCGUCACGCUUUAUCUUCUCACGUAACUCAACAAUUCGACGCUCUUCAAACUCGAAUCUCAAAUCUCGAAUCCAAUUUGCAGAACCACACUCCUGUUUCCAAUCAUGAUCAGGUUGAAAGUUAGAUAUUCGGCUCCAGUAAAACGUUUUUCACAAGGAUCUCAGAGCUAUAUGCUUGGUUCAAAAUGUUUGUAGAGGAAAUGUCCAUAAUAAAACAGAUUGUUGAGGCAACCUUAGAAUUCUUACCCUGCUUUUUUAUCUGUCUCCCCAAGAGAUUCCCCCAUACUGAGGGAAGAAAGAAAUGAGUUCAGCAAAACUUACUAUUCGGUGUUUACCAAAUAUUAAUUUUUUAUUCAUGUUUAGUGACUUUGACCACAAGUGCUUGGAUGUUUGCUUCAGUACAAGAGCUUGAGCUUUUCUCUAUUGCCAUAUUUAUUUCUGUUUAGCAAUUUCAACAUUGCAGAAAUGAGUGACAUGAAGAAACUAAAUUUGAAAGUGCUGUUAAAAUUUCAAACUGGCGAAGUAUUCUGUGUAUUGAUUUUUCUCUAUUUUAGGUUGUUUUACGAGUUUAUAUGUC